GACGAAUCCGGAUACAGAACAGUCUGUUGUCAGUUGGGAUUUUUAAAGCGCCGUAGCGCGCCUUGUCAAGGAGCGGACCGUGUUGUGUCACCGAUCGAUUAAUUCUGCUUAUGUCGAUCGAUUAGCAUGAAUGAUCGUGUGAAUCGCUGAAUGAUCAUGUCUGUGAGUAAAGAGGACAGUUUGUCUCCGGAUGAGAUGCGGCAGAAGCUCUAUCAGACCUUCAAGAGCCGCGGGCUUCUGGACGCUCUGAAGACACAGUUGCGGAAUCAGCUGAUCCAGGAGCUGCAUCCGCCGGCGGUGCGAAGAGGAGACACUGCAGCUCACGCUCACUCUGUGUUAGUCACCGCAUGCAAUAGCGUCAUCAUUGAUCACCUGCGGAGUGUCGGGUAUGACUACACACUGUCUGUCUUUUUCCCUGAAUGCGGAAUGAGCAAAGACAAGGUGUUAUCAGCUAGAGAACUUCUGCAGCUCAUGAAGAUCAGCCCUCACACACCGUUAUACAAAUCUCUGGUAUCACAUAUCCAGAAGGGACAGGCAGGUUUUCUGAUGAGUCUCUUCACAGAGCUCACUGACCAUCACAUUCACAGAGAUUGCUGCGAUAAUUCCACUCAAACCACCUCCAUAUCAGCGCAUAAAGAAUCACUCGUUGAGAAGUUGCAGCUGAUUGAUGAGGAGUAUGAAGUGCUUCGGCACAGAGGUGAUCGCUGGGCGUCAGUCGAGGCCAAACUUGCGGAGUACAGGAAGGAGAUACAGGAGCAAGCGCAGGUCGAGCUCAGAGCAAAGCUGCAGCACUUCAUGGAGGUGGAGAUUACAAAGGUGAAGAGAGACGAGAAAGAAGCCUCAAGAAGGGAAAUCCUGGAGCUGCGGCGAGACAUGGAGAGAACGUUUGAGAUGAAGUCUGAGGCUCUGAUGAGCAGAGAGAAAAAUGCCAUUGAGAGAUUACAGAAACAACAAGAGAUAGAGGAAAAGGAGAUUUAUGCUCAAAGACAAGCGCUGCUGAAAGAAAUCGAAUCUGUGCGGAGCCGAGAGACGGAGCUUAAACAGAGGAUGGAGGCCUUUGACAAAACCUGUAAGCUGCAUGAGGAGAAGGUAAAGACCAUGGACGAUCUUCUGAGGAGGAGAGAACUGUCUGUGAAGACCAUGGAAGACACGUUUGACCAGAAACUGCAGAGCGAGUUAGCAAAAUAUCAGCUUGAGCUGAAGGAUGAUUACACAAAGAGAACGGAGAAACUGACAGAAAAUGAGAAAAGGAUUAAAGAAGAAACGGUUCGUCUGCAGAAGGAGUCUGCUAUUAUUGAUGCAAAGGCAGAAGAGCAUGAGAGAAAUUUAUCAGAAGUUAAACAGCUACUGACGGAGCUGGAGUCGUCCCGAUCGCAGGCGUCUCUUCUGGCCCAACAGAACGAGCUGCUACGAGAAAGACUGGAGAACAUGAGCGACUAUCCAGCGCUGAAAAAAGACACACUGGAGCUGCAGACGCACAUCACACUGAUGAAACAGCAGCUGGAGGAGAACCGCCAGGAGAACCAGAGACUCAGACAAGAGCUCAGCGCGCCGUCUAAGGAGCAGCUGGCGCUGCAGGCCGAGCUCAGGAGACUGGAGACGGCGCGCAAACUGGACGAAGACGAGUUUGAGACGCAGAAAAACGUCUUACACACACAGCUGCAGCAUGAGGUGCAGCAGUGUGCGCUGUUGAAGACUCAGCUGAUGGAGUGUGAGGAGCGGGUCAAGUGGAUGAGCACUCACGCUGAAGAGCUCAAGCUCCAGCUCCAGGAGACACAGCAAGCUCUGGAGAACGAGAUCCUCCGCAAUCCCAAGCCUUCCCUGGUAGACCGUUCUGUUCUCAGUUUGAUUCCUGACAGGCUGCUUCCUCCUGACAUUUACGUAGACGCCGCUCUGCUCCGAAAGACCAGAGCCACUUCUGACACUGAUUUAUCUGAAGCAGGGCCGGCCCUUAGGGGCCCGAGGCCCGCGGAGCGUGACUCCGAGCUGGUGAGCGGCGCUCUGGCCCGGAUACGAGAGCUGGAGCAGGAAGCCGAGCGUCUGGAGGAGGCCUACAGGAGCCACCAGCACAGAGCCAUUCGAGCGGCGGCCGCACACGCCGUGUCUGCUGAAGAUCUCACGCCUCCCAGAAUGACCUCCGGUUAUAGAGCGCAGCCCAGGGUGAGUUUUGCUUCAGCAGGACGUCCUGUCGAGAAGGAACGAGAGCAGGAAUUCACCAGAACUCCUUCUCCGAGAGAGAGAAACCCACUGAGACUCAUCUCUCCUCCUGCCAGACGUCUGUCCUCCACACCGCUGAGCAAACGCGGAGCAGACGCUGAUCACGACGCUCACGCUUUCACUCAGGAGCGUCUGAGGAUGAGUCCUGACUCUGAUCGAGCGGCGCUGUUGUUUCCAGAGAGGCAGAUCUCACCAAUCCCUGCUGAAGAAACCAUCUCAUCCAUCAGUCCUCCCAGCAGCCCCAGGAUGAAGAGCACCACACGCCACAGCCGCAGUCCACCCAAACUGCAGGAAGUCAUCUCCAGUUCAUCUCAAGAGUCGUCUCCUCAGCCGGAGAAGAUCACGCUUCACGACCUCACCGACCCCGUGCCGCUGGUGUCUGUAGAUCAGGAGUGUAUCUUGGAGAAACUCCAGGAGUCACACACAGAUGUACAAGCAGCAGCAGUAUCAUCAGCAGACGCAGCUGUAAAGAAAGACAUGGGUGAGGAAGAGGAGAGAAGCUGGGAGGAGGAGAGGAAGAGGAGAGAGGAGAGGAGACAGAGGGAGAGAGAGGAGGCGCAGGAGAGAGAGGAGCGAGAGCUGCAGAGACUCCAACAGGAGCUGGAGGAUCAACAUGAGGAACAAGCACAAGACAAGAGGGAGGACACAGAGGGUCAUGUGACAUUAACGAGCACAGCGAUUGGAGGAGGAGCAGAUGAGGAGGGUUCAAAAGAGCCAAUUGAUGUGGCCAAUCCACUCCACAAAUACAUGAUGAUGCUCAUGAAGGACAAACAGAAGGAGCAGAGUCCAAAUAAAGAGGCAUCAGAGAAUCAAAGUCAUGAAGAGAUUGUUCUGUCUGAGAAUAAUGACUGCAGUGUUGAUCUGAUGUCACAUGAAGAACCGGACGACGACUUCUGGUGAAAACAACUGAAAACAGCAACUCACCUCAUUCAGCUGCUGGAUCUCAAAGGAUUUUCAUGUUAUAUAUAUAAAAAAAUGUGUAUAUAUAGAUGUUUUCUUUAUUAAAAUAGACAUUUUCAUAAUGUUUUUUAGUUAUUUUUUUUAAUUCAUGUGUAUGUUUUUAAUUUUGUAUAAUUUCAUACAUAUAGAUAUAUAUAUUUUUUUUCCACUUUUUUUUUUGUAAUUCACAAAUGAUUUGUGUGAAUGAGUGUAUUGACUAACUUGAAUAAAUGUUAUUUCUUAUGUUAAUGUUCUGCUGUUGUAUUUCAAGUUCUGUUCAAUCACAACUCUACUAAAAACAUUAAAAGUACACAAUGACACGCUAAGGCUGUUUAUUAAAAUAACUUUUUGGG